UCGAGAGCUGAACCUGCAUCCUAAUGUUCUUACGGCCGGACCCCGACUUGGGCUGGAUCCCCACCCAUGUCCAGGUGACUGUCCUCCAGGCCAGAGGCCUCAGAGCCAAAGGCAAGCAUGGCACCAGCGAUGCCUACACUUUGAUCCAGAUUGGUCGGGAUAAAUACAGCACCUCCGUGGUGGAGAAGACUCCCGGCUCUCCGGAAUGGAAGGAGGAAUGUUCUUUCGAAUUGGCCCCUGGAGCCCUGGAGAGGGGAGAGGGCUGCCAACUCCAGCUGACCGUCAUGCACCGGGCCCUUAUUGGGAUGGACCAGUUCUUGGGCCAAGUGAGCAUCCCCCUGCAGCAGGUGUACCAACAGGGCCGCUCCCUGAGGAACCAGUGGUACAAUCUCCGCUCAAAGCCUGGGAAGAAGGAGAAAGAGAGGGGCGAGAUCCAAGUCCACAUCCAGUUCACCAGAAACAACUUGACCGCCAGCAUGUUUGACCUCUCCAUCAAGGACAAGCCGAAGACGCCCUUCGGGAAGCUGAAGGACAAGAUGAAAGUCAAGAAACGCUUCGACAUGGAAUCCUCGUCGGCCAUCGUUCCGAGCAGCGUGGGUCGCCUCGACAGCGACGACGACGAUGAGCGAAAGCCAAAGUCCAAGGCGGCUGCUUUCUUCAAGGGUUUGCGGAAAAAUUCUCUUACCAAAUCCAACACUUCUCUGGGGUCCGACAGCACCAUAUCCUCCACCAGUGCCACGGUGCCCACCAGCGCCGGCAUCACUAUCGUUCUGCCGGACCCAGGCAAGAAACCUGCCUCCAGGAACAGCAGCCUAUCUGCGGAGCCUACGGCCAAAGACAAUGAGGCCUCACCGAGGAUGACUCAUAAGAGAGCCUUCAGUGAUGAAGUCAGCCAGUUGAAAAUGUUCCCUGAACCAAAGUCCAUCCAGAAUCUGAAGAUAAGCAGUAGCCCCAUCUCCAAGUCUUCUCUGUGCAUCAACGGAAGCCAUGUUUAUGCAGAAGUUCCUCUUCCAAAACCUCCCCCCAGUCCGCUGGAGAAAUCUUUGCUGCCAUCCAAGUCAUUUCAGAACAUUGUGAAGAGAUCCGAGGAGCCUAUUUUGAGCGAAGGAUCCAGAGGACAAUCCCAAGGCUGGGAGAAACCAGACAAGAAAUUGGAGCAGAAGCCAUCAGCCCCCAAUACCUCGGCCAUGGAAGAGGAAAAGAUCUCUGCCAAAGCCAACAUCCAACGUCCAAAGAAAGAGGAGGUCCCUCUGGAGGCAAAGCCUGUCCAAAUUACAACACCCAUGUUCUUUACAGACACUGUGUCCACGAAUAAACCUCAAGAAAUCACUGGGAAAGAAGAAAAGAAAGCGAAGGUCAACCUUUUCCACCACGGAACCGGGAAGAAUGAAGCUGGUGGAAAGACCUUAGUUGAACAAGCUACGCACGGAUCCUCGGUCGCAGACGACAAAGGCAAGGCUGGCGGCUGGUUUGGUUCUAAAGAAGCCAAAGACGUCCCACAGAAACCAAGUUUUCCCUCUGGGUCUAUUGCUACCUCAGAAGCUGCUGAAAGGGGCUCUUCUCUUGUGGAGGAACACAGUCCAUUGGCCUUUUCUUCAUCUACAGAAGAUUGGAAGAACCCAUCGAGCCAAUAUUCAAGAGACCACGGCGAUGCCUUCACUGAAGGCCACAACUUCAAGUUUACUCCAAGCUCUUCUUCAGUGGGUCGUCUAAACGCCGCAGGAUGGGAGCAACAGUUCGAUGCUCUUGCAUCAAGCCGGCUUCAGCCAGUCGCCAAUAACCAGUGUCUACCAGACACAAAACUACAGGAUCCCAGUGCCUCUCAUUAUUUGUCCUCAGACGCUUCGUACUCUACAGAAAGAACAGGCGUCUUAAGUGAAGAGUCAAAGACCUCCAUAGAGUCGGAACAUAUGAUCAACACCUUGCCUAGUAUCUACACAAGCUACGUUAGCGUAAAGGUAUUGGAGACACACUGGCCUGUUGAUGCCUUAACAACUGAAGAGGUUUCUCCUUCCCUUCCAAAUGUGUCAGUAAGUCAAAACACGCCAUACAUUCCCCUUGCUGAGUACACAAGAUCCAGGACACCCACCCAGGACUUAUCCAGAACCUACAACCAUGACACAGAUAUGUCUGACCCACCAGCUGCUGGCUAUGAAAUUAACAACCUGAGUUUGUGUCGUUUAGACAAGGAGGUCACAGAAUUAUCUGGUGAUAGUGUUCUUCAGAACCCAACAUCUGGAAGGCUUAACACCACUGAUCAUAUACAAGCCAUGUGUUCUGAAGUAAAUAAGGUUGACACGGCAAACACUUCUGGAGAUAGUGAAAGCAGGGUUGCUGCUGUCUCCCCUCUGGUACCGGUAGGAGAUUCCAUGGCCAGGUUAUUGGAUUCAUCUGUUUUACUGUUUGAUAAUCACGCCUUUAACCCAACUGUACCCCCUUUGCAUAGGGCCAUAACAGAGGAAACCAUAGAUAGAGAGGAUGUGUUCAAUGUGAACUCUAAAGAGAAACUUGAAUACUCUGCAGAAUCUGAAGGGAAGGCCCGCAUGGAGUCAAUGUCCAACAGGUUACAUGCAGUUCCUGAUCAAGUAACCGUCACCAGUGGAGAUGAUAAAGGGGUUAAUCAGUCAGAAAUCGGAUUGCGUGCCUUAAUUGACUCUGUAGGGUCUCUCGCCCCACCAAAGCCGCCACGGCUGAUGUCAUCUGUUUUUGAGGGAAAGGGGACUAAUGGUGAUAAUUACAAACAAACAAGUAAUCAAGACACAAGUAGAAAACGAGCCGAGAGCCCAGAGGAACAAAGGCAGGAGCCGAACGUUGGAGUGAGCAAAGAGACUGUCUCUCCAGUGAUCUGUUGUCCUAUAAUUGAGGUUAACAGCCCAGAGCAACUUAUUGGAGAGGACACUCAAUCACCCGCUAAGGGCCCUUUACCUAGCUUAAUGGAAGAGAAUAAUGAUUUAACAAAGCUGGGCACCACUAAUGGGGAACACCUGUUGGAUGUAAAUGAGACAUUGGCUGAGCAAUUCCGGACUUGCCCUUCAAAAGUCUCGCUAGACGCAUUAGAUCUCUCGAGUGUAGAGGAAAGCUCGAAUAAAUUAGAUGUUUUGAAACGUGGACCGGGCUCUGAGUUAAUUGAUUGUGGUCAUUCAGAAAAGCUUAGAAACGUGGAGGUCAUAAAACAAAAGUGCGACCUUUUCCUAAAGCCUCUGCCGGUGUCCAAGAAGGAUAAAGAGGUUGAGAUGGAAUCUUCAGAUUCCUCAAAGAAAGUUGAACGUUCUAAUGUACUGUUUUGGUCUGCUCUCGAGGAGCCACUUCCUAACAACAUAACAAAUCAUUCAGAAGUCAACCAGAUUGUAGAAGUUAAGUGUGGAAAUCUGCUACAAUGUGAAGAGGUUACAGCACAAGGUCAUAUAGUGGAGGACAAUACUGAGCCAAAAGAAAAUCUUAAAAUCCCAGAGACAAAAAGUGAAAAAAUAUUAGAGACCAGUACAAAGGGCUUAAAAGCUGAAAGCCAGUCUGGCAUUUCUUUGAGCCAGCUGUCCACCUGGUCAGCAGAUAUUAUCGUCGACUUCAAGAAUGAAGAAUUCUGGAGGUCAGAAUCUGACCUCUUAGAGGCUACAGACAUCAAAAGUUUGCCUUCACCUGGCAACCCCUUUACACCAGCAAACAAAACCCCUCCAGUCUUGAGUCACAAAAACCCCUUUGUGGAACCCACAAACGGUAAUGAAAGUUCUGAGGUCUCCUUGCAGGAAGAUAUAAGUUUCCAAGAACUUCAUAGGCAAGCAGCUCUUAAAGUCCUACCACCCAUUACUCUCCCAACCGAUGUGAAAAUCCCCUCCCUGCAUGGCAACCAACCACUGGCUUUCUCUACUCCUUCCCUUGUAGCUGUACAGAAUCCUAAAGUAUCCAAAUUCCCUUCUCCUAUUUUGUCCUCUACGACCUCGGCGGUCACCGGCACGACCAAUACCUGUACAGCAGCUCUCUCCUACCUCCAGUCUCCUGCUACCAGCUCUGUGGUGACAUCUGCUACCCGUUCAGUUUUACCCCAGGAGACACAGCCGGCUGAGAGCCCCUUUUACCCACUGAAAACCAGUCCCCAUCCCGUGAAGCCCAUUAGCGCCGCGCUGUCCGACUCGGAAAAGAAGCCAAACAAGCCGGCUCUGAGCACGGCCAUAAGCAGUGGGCUGGAGAUGCUGAAGUCGGUGACCGGUGGACAGCACCCGGCACCCAAAAAGCAGGAGCUGGACCGGUUGAAGGAUCUCUGUUCUCCGGACGCAGCCGCUAGGUAUUAUCACCUGACCCACGACGAGCUGAUCCACAUGCUGCUGCAGAAAGAGGCCGAGCUGGGCAGAAAGGAGGAGCACGUCCACGAGCUGGAGGACUACAUCGACAAGCUCAUGGUCCGCAUCAUAGAACAAGCGCCGACGCUGCUCCAGGUCCCGCUGGAGACCACGAAGAACAACAAAUAGACAGCGCCGCGUGGCAGCCGCAAUCUGGGAAACUCAGGAGCCGCUCUGACGCGUUUUCAAAAUGUUCGAUAAUGAUAGAAAAAAAUUAUAAUGAAAAGGCAAGGGGGCCAUCUCCGCACCUCCACCGAGCCCAUCCCACCGCGGGAAACCUGCGAGGACCCAUCUUAUGUGUAUGAGA